CAUCAUUUAAGACUAAAGUUUGGAUGGUUGUCUCUGAUCAUUAAGGAGUUAUGUAAGAACGAUGCGAUGGAUGCGAAAUUAAAAUUGCGGUGAGAGAGAGAGCUUGAUGAAAAUUUUAGGGAGAGAGGGAAUAGCCGACAUAAUUGUUAUUCAAUAACCAACCUACCAACCUACCUGUAAGUUCUUCUUCAGCUCCACCCGGCAUUGGCAGCGGGCGGGGACUUCGAUUCUGAUUCUGCGCACUUGUGUGACAAUUUGUAGUAUUGGCCGAAUUCCUUCCGCCGAUCCGUACGCGAAAUAGCUGCUGUUUACUUGUACCGUAUCAUGAUAUGAUUUGAUGCGACUCCCCGGAUGGAUACAGAUCUGUGCCGGCGGAAUCAAAUGAAUGCAUUACUUACGAUACGGUUGCGAACUUGCAAUUGCACAGAUCAUAGAGCUAGCAAUGGCAAUCGAUCUCAGCUUCUUUCCAUGGGGGAUUCGGUGGAUAGCAAUGACCUGUCGAUCCCGCCCCUGCCACUGCUCGAAAGGCUCAAAGAUUACGGUCAAGAAGACGUUUUUGCCUGCUGGAACGAGCUCUCCGCUGAAGAGCGUCACCUCCUCGUCAAGGACAUCGAGGCCCUGGAUCUUCCUCGUAUAGAUCGGAUUAUUCGCUGCUCAUUCCAGUCACAAGGUAUUCCGAAAGCAGCUAUAGAGCCAGUCCCAGAGAGCAAUGUAUCUACAGUAGAAAACCGGACAAUGGAAGAACGGGAGAAGUGGUGGAAGAUGGGAUUAAAAGCCAUCUUGGAGGGGAAAUUGGGUGUGCUGCUUCUAUCAGGUGGACAGGGAACUCGGCUUGGAAGUUCAGAUCCAAAAGGCUGUUUCAACAUUGGGCUUCCAUCUGGAAAAUCACUUUUUCAACUUCAAGCUGAGCGCAUUCUACGUGUUCAAAUGCUGGCAGCUCAAUCCGUCAAUGAGGAUGCAGGUUCUGCUCGUGUUACUCCUAUUCAUUGGUAUAUAAUGACUAGUCCAUUUACUGAUGAAGCGACCCGUAAAUUCUUUGAAAACCAUAAAUAUUUUGGCCUUGAAGCAGACCAGGUCACCUUCUUCCAGCAGGGUACCAUUCCCUGUGUGUCAAGAGAUGGGAGAUUUAUCAUGGAAACACCUUACAAAGUAGCUAAAUCUCCUGAUGGAAAUGGAGGUGUUUAUUUAGCUUUAAAAUCUUCAGGGUUGUUGGAAGAUAUGGCUAUGAGAGGCAUAAAAUACUUGGAUUGUUAUGGAGUUGACAAUGCUUUGGUACGUGUUGCAGAUCCCACAUUUUUGGGUUACUUCAUCGAAGCAGGUGUAGCUUCUGCAGCCAAAGUUGUCCGAAAGGCAUAUCCACAAGAGAAAGUUGGUGUAUUUGUUCAAAGAGGGAAAGGGGGGCCUGUCUCUGUGGUUGAAUACAGUGAACUUGAUCAGUCACUGGCUAGUGAAAUUAAUCAGGGAACUGGUCGCCUUCGCUAUUGUUGGAGUAAUGUUUGCCUACAUAUGUUCACUUUAGAUUUUCUGAACCAAGUGGCAAAUGGCCUUGAGAAAGAUAGCAUCUACCAUCUUGCAGAAAAGAGUAUCCCCUCUAUUCAUGGACACACAGUUGGGUUCAAACUAGAGCAAUUUAUAUUUGAUGCAUUUCCGUAUGCACCUUCAACUGCUCUCUUUGAGGUGGUCCGUGAAGAAGAAUUUGCACCUGUGAAGAAUGCAAAUGGAUCAAAUUUUGAUACUCCAGACAGCGCUCGAUUGUUGGUCCUUCGGCUGCAUGCUCGUUGGGUGGCUGCUACUGGAGGGUUUUUGACUCAUUCGGUGCCCCUCUAUGCAACUGGUGUGGAAGUUUCACCCCUUUGCUCAUAUGCUGGAGAAGACCUUGAGGCAAUAUGCCGUGGAAGAACAUUUCACGCACCUUGUGAGAUUACCUUCUAAUUCUCAUCAUAGUAAUUAAGCUUGAUGAUCAUUAUUACCGUAUUGAUGGGUAUGAUAUAUGGUUGAGUAUGAGAUGCGUGACCAUGAUUAAUGGAUAUAUAUAUAUAUAUAUAGUCUGGUUGCUCUGAUUAUUAUUUGGUAUUAUUAGCUGCUGCUGCUGUUUACACACACUCACACACACACACUAUGAGUCUAUGAGUAUGAGUAUUGAGUAUUGAGAAGUAAGUAGUAGCAGCAGCAGUUAAUUGGUUGUUGUGGGUUGGGGUUAUCCAAUACUUGACUACUACUACUGCGACUUCAUGUGAAGUAUGAAGAUUGUAGUUGAGAUCCAGGGAGAUGUCACACUACUUCAUUUCCAUAUGAAGAUAGUACUUGAGACAGACACUGUAUUUAGACUUGCCCAAAUGGUUCACGGUUUGUCAGAAUUUUAAAUUAAAAUCGAACCUUUCGAAUAACAGUAUAUUGAGGAGGAACACCCGUUCGUUUGUUUAUCUAUAAUUUGACGCAUUAAUGA